CGGCACGUCCAACAACCCAGUCAUACAAGUUAAGAACGCUACAUUAAUAGACUAUGAUUUGGGACCGAGACAGUACAAUCUUACAUUAAGAAUUUAUGAUGAAAAUAACGUUAGCCUAUCAUCUAUGGCGGAAAUUAUUAUCUACAUUACCGAUGUCAAUGACAACAGACCAAUUUUUACAGAAAGAAUUUACGAGGUUUAUAUGGAUGAGGACGAAGGUGUAGGUUAUAGUGUGGCAAAAAUUGAGGCAAAUGACAUUGAUAGUUUGGAUUUCGGUACACAGGGAAUACGAUACAGGCUUGUAGGAGCAUAUUCUGAUUUGUUUGAUAUCAAAGAGGACACUGGUGAAGUAACGGUUGCAGCUUGUGCAACAUACGGGUCUAAGCCUUGUUUGGACUAUGAUUAUCCUCCUACACUUUAUACCCUUAGUGUGCAAGCCAUCGACAAUCGUGGAGAUAUAGGAAGCAAGGAUUCGACAGUGACACUUAAUGUCCAUCUUAGAGACGUUAAUGAUAAUCCGCCAGAAGUUCCAGACUACCGAAGGGAAAUUAAAGAAGGACAAAGAUACUUUACUCCAGACCUAAUUGUACAGGGUACUGAUAGAGAUAACAGUCAACUGGUAUACUCUAUUGAGUCACAGGGUCCAGGUCAGUUCUGGGCAAUUAAUUCUACAACUGGAGUUAUUUACACUAAAAGUCCAGAUGGGAUAGAUUACAGGGAUGGUGCUGGAUCUGAUAUUUUUGAAGUUAAAGUGAAAGUUUCAGAAGUUGGUGGCAAAUACUGGACUUUUUCAGAUGUGGUCAUAAGAGUAAAAGUAAGUAUCCAUUAUUUAUUAUUAACUGUUUGA